GACUCCGAGCCCCUCCGUUGCCUCUCUUUUCUCUCUUAAAUUUCUUAUCUCACUCCUUUGGGCUUCAGGGGUAUCCUAGUGGGGUCACGGCCUCCGCACCCGUCUCUGAGAGCCGACCUCGGUGCUGGGCAUUGCGCGGCUGUGUCGAGAUGGUGAAGCUGUUUAUUGGUAACCUGCCCCGGGAGGCCACAGAGCAGGAGAUCCGCUCACUCUUCGAGCAGUAUGGGAAGGUGCUGGAAUGUGACAUCAUUAAGAACUACGGCUUUGUGCACAUAGAGGACAAGACGGCGGCCGAGGAUGCCAUACGCAACCUGCACCACUACAAGCUGCAUGGGGUGAACAUCAAUGUGGAAGCCAGCAAGAAUAAGAGCAAAACCUCCACCAAGUUGCAUGUGGGCAACAUCAGUCCCACCUGUACCAACAAAGAGCUUCGGGCCAAGUUUGAGGAGUAUGGUCCAGUCAUCGAAUGUGACAUCGUGAAAGAUUAUGCCUUCGUGCACAUGGAGCGGGCAGAGGAUGCAGUGGAGGCCAUCAGGGGCCUUGACAACACAGAGUUUCAAGGCAAACGAAUGCACGUGCAGUUGUCCACCAGCCGGCUUAGGACUGCGCCCGGGAUGGGAGACCAGAGCGGCUGCUAUCGGUGCGGGAAAGAGGGGCACUGGUCCAAAGAGUGUCCGAUAGAUCGUUCUGGCCGAGUGGCAGACUUUACCGAGCAAUAUAAUGAGCAAUAUGGAGCAGUGCGUACACCUUACACCAUGAGCUAUGGGGAUUCAUUGUAUUACAACAACGCGUACGGAGCGCUCGAUGCCUACUACAAGCGCUGCCGUGCUGCCCGGUCCUAUGAGGCAGUGGCAGCUGCAGCUGCCUCUGCCUAUAAUUACGCAGAGCAGACCCUGUCCCAGCUGCCACAAGUCCAGAACACAGCCAUGGCCAGUCACCUCACCUCCACCUCUCUCGAUCCCUACGAUAGACACCUGUUGCCGACCUCAGGAGCUGCUGCUGCUACAGCUGCUGCUGCUGCAGCAGCCGCUGCUGCUGUUACUGCAGCUUCCACUUCAUAUUACGGGCGGGAUCGGAGCCCCCUGCGUCGCGCUACAGCCCCAGUCCCCACUGUUGGAGAGGGCUACGGUUACGGGCAUGAGAGUGAGUUGUCCCAAGCUUCGGCGGCCGCGCGGAAUUCCUUGUACGACAUGGCCCGGUAUGAGCGGGAGCAGUAUGCGGAUCGGGCGCGGUAUUCAGCUUUUUAAAGCUUGAGGUGGGAUGUGUGUGGGCUGAAAUUCCGAGCUGCGGUUGUGCAUGAGAAUACACCCUUCGUGGUACCCCAUCUCCGGGACGUUCUCGGCUCUGUACGUUCAGUCCCUCAGGAACCGUGGACCUUAAUUUACCUUGCUAAAUUCAGACCACCUCUUCCUUUCCUCUUUCCUGCCCAUUUUCCUGUUCUUCCUGUUCUUCAAUACUUCUGUAGUUUCCCAUUUAUGUUCUGUUCUCCCAGCAGGCCUCAUUGCGUGCAGAAACUGUGGUGGGGGGUGUGCUGUCUCCCUGCCUCCUGCUUCCGGUGGGUGUUGGACUUGGGAAUGACCUUGGUGAGAGUGUCACUGCUCCUGAGUCUUUUUGGCCCAAAGGCUUGUGGCGGGUAGACACAUAGAGUUGGAUCACUUUUUUUUUCCAGUGAAAUAAAUGGUUUUUCAACUUAGGGCA